AUGGCCACGGAAGCAUCAGAAGGCUCGGCUGCCUCGCAGUCGCCUGCGUCUACCUCAGCAAGGACCGUCACCGGCAAGAACAACAAGAAGCGAGCCUCACCCUCCAACAACUCAGAGCAACCGCAAAAGGCCACCAAGCGACGCGCUGCUCGUGCCUGUGUGGCCUGCCGUGCACGAAAAGUCCGGUGCGACGUGAUCGAGGGAACUCCUUGCGGAAACUGUCGUUGGGACAAAGUCGAGUGUGUUGUCCAAGAGAGCCGCCGGCGAAGGAAGUAUCUUCUUACCGCCAGCUUCGGGGACCAGCUCCUCCCCACCAAAGCCCAGCUGCGCUGCCAGACUGCGUUCUGCAACCCCAUCAUGAACACAGCCGACCUUCGACGUCCCAGCAACGGCUCUGCAAUUUCUACGAACAGCAUCGACAGUCCGGGCAGUUUUCUGAGCAACUCCGGACUCGGCAACCUGUCCCUCACGUGA